AUUCAUACACUGUAAGUCUUGUCUGCAGGUUACACCCUAAUCUCUUGGAAAUCUCUUUUUUUUUUUACUUAAGGAAGAUAAACUUCAUGCAUCUCAUAUAUACAAAUUUAGGAACAUAGUGAUUCUUCCCACACUUACUCCCUCCAGACAAAACUCCUACCCUUCUUCCUCCUCCUUCUCCCAUUCCUAUUCUUAUUUUUCACAAGAUCUAUUGUAAGUUAACUUUAAAUUCAUAAAAUUAACCCUACUCUAAGUGGAGAGUUCAACAAAUAGUAUGAAGAAAAAUCAAAAAAACAAACAAGCAAAAAAGCAUUGUUCCUCAACAGUCAAGACAAGGGCUGUUCAAAAUCAUCACGUCACAGAGUGUCAACUUCACACCUAUAGAUUACCUUUUAGGUACUCUAGUAGUUACCACAGAUGAGAAAGAACAUAAGGUAUUUGUUUUUGGAGGACAGGCUUAUUUUCCUAAGUGCAGUGGUUUCCAGUUGUAUCUAUUUUGUUGUGAAAUAGAGGAUUUCAUUUUGGGGGUGGGGGCAGAUCUCUUAAUAAAAGAAGAAGAGCUCUCAGGAUUUCUCAGUGGCGGAAUCACAGUUCCUGGAGAAGGUUGGUGUUCAGCUGGUGCUGUAAAUGCAUCUCACUCUUGGUCUUCUCAUGCAGGUACCUGGUGUGAAGAUACAUGUCAGUCACCAGGAGCUAGCAGAAUGGCUUCCUGGGAGGUGGCCACAGGAACGCUCUUCUUAGCUCAGGUCAUAUGUGGGAUUCUGGGGAACUUCUCUCUUCUUUCCCAUCAUGUCUUCCUUUCCUUGACUGGAUUCAAGGCAAGAUGUACGGAUAUGAUUCUGAGGCACCUCCUUGUAGCCAACUGCUUGGUCAUUCUCUCCUACGGAGUGCCACAGGCAGUGACAGCUUUAAGGGGGAAAUUUCUCCCCAGCGAUGCUGAGUACAACCUUCUUUUCUAUGUACGGAGAAUGUCCAGGGCCGUGUCCAUCGAAAGCACCUGCUUCUUGAGUAUCUUCCAGGCCAUCACCAUCAGCCCCAGGAACUCUAGGUGGGCAGAGCUUAAAGUCAAAGCUCCCAGGUACAUAGGCCUCUUCUCCAUGCUGUGCUGGAUCCUGAACAUGUUAAUAAACACCAUUUCCCCCAUCUACGUGACAAGUAAGUGGAUCAACACAAGCAUCACAAAGAGAAAAGACUAUGGGUACUGUAACGCUGUCUUCCAAGACACCUUCACAAGCUCGCUGUUCUUGGCACUACUAUUGUUGCCUGAUGCUGUGUCCUUGGGGCUCAUGCUCCUGGCCAGCAGCUCCAUGGUGUUCAUCCUGCACAGACACAAGCAGCAGGUGCAGCACAUUCAUGGUCCCAGGAAUGCUUCCCCCAGGACUUCCCCUGAAUCCAGAGCUACUCGGAGCAUCCUUGCUCUGGUGAGCACAUUUGUAUUUUUUUACGUGGUCUCCUCCACUUUCCAAGUGUAUUUGGCUCUUCUUAGUAAACCCACUCGGUUGACAGUGAACAUCUCUGCAUUAUUUGCUGGCUGUUUCCCAACUCUUAGCCCCUAUCUUCUCAUGAGCUGUGACUCCAGGGUACCCAGGCUCUGCUUUGCCUCGAUAAGCAAUACAAAAUCCCCCAACACUAUCAGAAGCAUGUACCUUGUAUUUGCUUUAUAAUACUCACUUGUUGUACAAUAGUAUAGGCACAGUUAUUUGGUAGCCAUAUUACAAGACCCUGUACUCAUGCUUACACACAUGUGUGUAUGUAUAUAGGGUGUAAUACACACUAUUAGAUUACAUUUGUUAUCAAGAAAUCAUAGUAGGAUAAUAUAUACUUAGAAAUAUAAAAAUAUUAGUCACAAU